GUUUUACUUGCGUUGACACGGGAUCUAGACACGUUCAGUUGUCUUGGUGAAAAACACCACCGUGAAGCUUGGUCAACUGACACGUACACACACCUGUCGUCACUACCAAUCCCACCACACCUCCCCACUACUUGUGUUCGCCCGACACAUCUCUCCCAGUCGCUUCAUUUCGCCCGGCCGCGUCACUUCAUUUCUUUCACCUCACGCAAACAGCGCAACUACCCAGCUACGCAGUCAGGAUUCAAAAGGAGAAACUUUAGUGGCUUACACGGAAGCAUAAACAGCUGCCCCCACUUGAUCUACUAGGCCAUUUCGGGAAUGGGUGUGUCUGUGGGUAUGUUGGUGGGGAAGGGCGUCUCGGUGGAGACGUCCAGGUGCUGGCGGCUGAUGGUGCCGUUCUUGCACUCGCAUGUGCAGCCGGACUCGCGCUCCAUGCCCUGCCCGGCGUGGAUCUGCGCCUCCAGCUGGCACUCCGGCUCGCUCUUGUUCAGACGCGCCAACACAUUCUCGCGGAAACAUCCUGCAUCCACACACAAACAGCCAGUCGCUGUGCUGCCGUCGGUGUAUGUAUUUGUGUGUUGUUCGGGGUGCGGCUCACCCUGGACGUUGGGUGUCUCGCAGUUGAUCUGGUCUCCACCCUUGAAGUGGCACACCCACAGGGGCAUCUCCUUGCUGCUGACCUGCACGUAGCCGCACCCAACUUUCUGAAAAAGGGGCCGCCGACAUGCACACAUCCGACAGAGAAGGGGAUAACUGUGCCUUUGUGUGUUUGCGUGCCUUUGUGUGUUUGCGUGUGGCUGGGCUGACCUGCGCGCCCUUCCACAGCAGGACGGUGACCCGUUUGGCCUCGGGAACGUAGCGGUCACGUGUGGUGUUGGCCCAGAUGCUCCACUCGGAAUACCUGCACACACACACACACACCCCCCAACACAAUAGACGGAUGGAUGGAUGGAUGGACAGAAUGAAAUCUGUGUCUGUGCGCUGCUGUGUUGUCGGCCCCCACCACUUGUCGACGAUUUGCUUUGGCACGUCCGUGGAGUUGCCGAAUUCGAAUAUCUGUGCCGCUGGGCCCUGGCCGAGGACAUGGAGGGACACAUCAGGGGUAGUGGGAAGAACAUGAGAAACAAUGGCACCCACCUGGCACGGCAGCUCUAGGUACGGCGCAAUGGGGUCCAACAGUUCCAGGUUGGCAUAUCGCUGGGCAGAAUUGGCCACACACCCAUCCCACUGCACGAAGGGAGCGCCGUGCCUGCACACACACGCGCACACCCACACACAACACACACACGGCACCGUGAGAUGGAAGAAAAGACGUAGAUCUGGUGGAUCUGCUGGUAGAUCUGCCUUCCCGCUGGCUGCCCACAUCCCUCCUUACAUGCAUCGGUGCUUGUUGAUCUGAUCACCGUGUGAAGAGCAAGAAAACCGUAGAUCUGGUGGAUAUGCUGGUAGAUCUGCCUUUCCGCUGGCUGCCCGACAUCCCUCCUUACGUGGAUCUGCAGCUCAGUGGCGAGAGUGUCGCUGAUCAUUUUGGCCGCCCGACGGGCUCUUCGGUGCUCUGAACGCACCAUCAGCAGGCCGCGCAAGGGUGAGGGGCGCUUGCCGGAUGCCGAUGAGCGGGGAUGGAGGGUGAUGACGUCCGAAUCGCCGGUGGCGUUGACGUUUUGCUCGAGCUCCAUGCCCAGACCCAUGUACACACACAGAGGGAGGAGGAAGGCGGUGAGGACCAUUGAGGGGAACAUUGCUGAAAGCUGGACGGCGGGAGAAAGCGAGUAACACAGAGAGGGGAUAUUUGGGAUAUUUCGCG